UAGGGCACGCCACGCAUGUGGCGCGGUGCCGGCGCAUCUGGUGGCGGGAGGGGAGCCGCGGGGGCUAAAAUUAGUGCCGAGCGCCACGUGCGUCUACAGUCCGCGCCCGACCUCCACCACGCACGCUCGCCGCCCGGGCCCUCCGUGUUUACAAGUUACAAGUUUACCACCGCCACCGGCAAUCGAGUCCCAGCGCUCCGCGCAGUGUUAGUGCAUCCAGUGACCGUGGCCGUCGCGACGGAGGCGGUUCAAGGAAUGCUCAUGGCGGGCGCGCUGCCUGCCGAGCCGGAGGGGCUGCUGGCGUUGGGCGCGCUCCCCGGACAGAAGGACACCACCUGGACGAAACUCUUCGUCGGGGGGCUGCCCUACCACACCACAGACAAGAGCUUGAGAGAGCAUUUUGCGGUCUAUGGAGACAUCGAGGAGGCUGUCGUUAUCACGGACCGGCAAACCAGUAAAAGUCGAGGAUAUGGAUUUGUAAUAAUGGGCGACCGGUCAGCAGCAGAACGGGCGUGUAAGGACCCCAACCCCAUCAUCGACGGAAGGAAAGCCAACGUCAACCUCGCCAUCCUCGGGGCCAAGCCCAGAGGGAAUCUUGCGCCAGGGUUCGGUUUGGCGGCGGCGGCGGCUGGCGUGCGCGCCGGUUACCAGACAGUGCUGCCCACUCCGUACGGGUUGUCGCCGGGAUAUGUGUACGGCACGCCGGGGUACACGAUGAGCGCGAUGAGCGGCGUGGGCGCGGGGGUGACGUCCGGCGCCGGCGGGCUGGUGCAGCUGCCACAGCUGCAGCACGCAGCCGCCAUGGCCGCCGCGAACCACCUCUACGAGUACCAGGCUGCGGCCGCGCAGGGCGCCGCGGCGUAUCAGCAACAAUACGCGGCCGCAGGAUUCGACCCGUACGCUACAGCUGCUGCAGCUGCGGCGGCGGCGGCUAGUGGAGCGGGCUACAUGUCGCCUUACUACGCGCUGCCCAGCGGAGGAGUGCAGGCGCCCCUUCUGCCACCCCUCUCCUACCCUCCACAACUUCAAGAGGCACGCAUGCAGUAACCAAUGAAGAAAACAGUGGCUAUACUAUGACAAAAUUUCCCCAGAACAUUUUAAGAUCUGACCCAAAAUUAGUCUUUGGAUAUCUUAUUAAGGCUAGUGGAUUAAUAAAUUUAUAUAUUUGACAGCGUUGCAGUGUAGCCAUGGAAAUGACGACGUAGGAUUUUAAAAUGUGAUGAAAUGAUAGGUAAAUAUGGCUGAGGGAAUACACUUAGCGUACCCGUUUUGGACGAACGAAUAUUAGGGAAUCAUAGUGCCUAUAGUAUACUAUACUUAGGUUAUAAAAGUUAUGGAGUGAAUAAAUGAGGUCGAACGGUCCGUUUGUUACCACAGGAAAGCCAAAUAUUUAGACUAAACGUUAAACAAUUUCUUACCAAUAGAAAUUGGUGUCAACCAAAAAUAAGCGACGACCAAAGCUGUGAGCUUUUAGUAGGAUUAAGAUGGCUGACGGUAGAUCGACCAACCGGACGUCGACGCGGGCGGCGGUCUGUCUGAUUUAUUAAACGUAGAUAUGUAAAACAAAGUUCUUGCCUGAUUCAUUCAUUCUUCCUGACAUCACAUUAUGUAAAUCAUAUUUCCUAUUUUUUAUACUUGAUAGAUUAAUUAGAUAUACUUUUCUAGGUACAUUUUCCAUCAUAUUUUAAUACGAUUGUAUAAUCUUACCCAUUACAAUUACUACACACUUUAUUUCAACUUACGUAUCAGCUGUUAAAUGACAAUAAAAUAUACAGACUAUUGCAGCUUGUGAGAUAAAAGGUCUUACCAAAAUAUUGCGAUAUAUUUUUACUGUAAGGCAGCUAACGUCUUCAAAAUAUAUUAUGUACUUACUUCCUGAUUUAACACAUUGUAUUUACACAUAUAUUUUACGUAGAUACCUUUAUCACUUUAUCAUUAAAAUACCCAAAUACAUAAUUCAUACUGUAGAAGUGACAUU